AUGUCCCACGAGGUGACAACGCCCAAAGUCAAAUCACAGACACAGAAGCAUGGAAACUUGUCGAAUGCAACCACCAAUUGCUGCGCCGAAGAUGCCAUGGAGCUUGUACUAGGCCAUCACUGGCCAUCAGCUGAAGAUGUACUUAAGCCAGCGCCGGGCAUACACACGGAUCUCUUGAAAGCAGCGUGGGCUUUGACAAUAUUGUGCUUUCAACCUGAAGAUGUCAUCAGUAUGAGUUAUGUUGAUCCAUGGAUGCCGGUGUCGCAAUCUCCACUCAUUCUCAGUGUGAGGGUGAACCCAGCUUGGGACAUCAAGUCACUUGUCGAAUCAUUUCAGUCUGCGGGGGCGAGUAAUUCAGCUCGCACGACAGAUUCUUACGGGGUACGAACUGCGAAGCUUGGCCAACUUAGUGAUGCCUCAACCGCCGGCCUCAUCUACUAUGGGGCAUCCAAGCAGCAGCUGGUCUAUCCCAAAGUAAAUGAAAUGGGCAUGCAGCUGGCGGUCUUUGAACGUGAUAAGAAGCUAUUUGCAAGAAUAACGGCGACAGCAAGAACGAUAACGAGCAGCCCGACUGUGAACAGUUUGCUUAGAACGUUUCAACACAUUCUCCAUCAAAUCACCACCGAGUCCAUGAGAAAGCCACUUAAGCAGAUUGACUAUUGCUCUGAAUUCCACAUCGAAGAGAUUCGAAAAUUGACACAAACUCGAUCAACAUACAAUUCCGUAUGCUUGCAUGACUUGAUUUUGGACAACUGCCGAAAAUAUCCUACCAAACUUGCGGUCCGCUCUUUUGACGGUGAUCUCACUUAUGAGGCCUUGGAGAGAUUCUCACGAAUCUUAGCGCACUAUCUUGUCGAUCUUGGUCUUCGACCUGAGGGGUUUGUUCUCAGCAGCUUUCAAAAGUCUACCUGGGCGAUCGUGGCUCGAUUGGCCAUUCUUCGGGCCGGAGGAGCCUACAUCUCAAUCCACUCCAGUAACCCUCCGGCCUACCUUGAUUCGGUCAUUCAGCGUACAGAUGCUAGAAUCAUGCUGAGUGACGCUUCAUACGCUCAUCGCUUCUAUGGUAUCGUCGAGCGAGUCAUCACCAUCACACCCAGUUUCUUAGAAUCACUGCUUCCGAGAAGGUUCUCGAACAACCUGCCUAGGAUUGAUUCUUCAGGGGCAUGCACGGUCCUGUUCACCUCCGGGAGCACAGGAAGGCCCAAGGCGAUUGUCCAAGAACACCGAUCCUACGCGUCCGCAAUAAGAGACUAUACACGCAAUCUCGAUUUGGGACCAGAGACCCGAUUUUUGCACUUCGAUGAGUAUGCAUUCGACAUCAGUAAUCUGGAAUUUCUGGUCCCUCUUAUAGUAGGUGGUUGUUGCUGUGUGCCGGGCCCAAUGAUAUCUCUUCAAGACCUUGCCAACAAUAUUCAAAUACUGGAGGCCAACAUUGCCUUUUUGACACCAACAGUGGCUAUCAAAGCGAACCCAGAGUCCAUGAAAAGCCUAAAGAUUCUCUGCGUUGGCGGAGAGCCACUACCCAAGGAUCUGCUCAACAACUGGUCAAGCAGUUCCACAAAAUUAAUCAACCAAUACGGCAUGGGCGAGGCAGCGGUCUGCUGUGCGUUCAAUGACAACGUACACAGCGAAAAUAGUUCUCCUGCGACCAUUGGAAAGCCUUCUAGUGGUGCAAUUUGGAUCAUUGACCCUACCGAUCCGGAAAAAUUGGUUCCAGUCGGCGCAAUCGGUGAGGUCGUUAUUGAAGGCCCUCAUCUUGCUCGAGGUUAUCUUGAUCAGAGUCAUGAAUCAUCCGACCGGACCAAACCAGCGGGCUUUAUGGAGAGAAUUCCUUCCUGGUUACGCAGAUUACACCCAGACCGAGAGUCCCCGCGGCUAUACCGCUCAGGUGACCUGGCGAGAUGGACUUCAGAUGGGAGGAUUGAAUACAUUGGUCGCAAAGACACCAUAGUCAAACUCGACGGGUGCAGAAUUGACAUUGUGGAGGUGGAGCACCUUGCCAGAAAGUGUCUUGGACCAAAAGACGCGAUUGUGAUUGACCUACUGGGGGCCAUUGACGGCAAAGAUGAUCCUUGUCUUGCCGCAUUCAUGUUUUUGAACAGCCAUCCCGAGAACUCUGAGCUGGGAGAGAUCGGAAUAAAAGAUGCAUGUGAAGACCAACAUGCAAUGCAAAAGAUUACUCAGAUCAAGGAGGCGCUUGCGGUUAUCCUUGACUAG